CACCUAGCUUAUCUUUUCGAUCAUGUAUCAUCCCUUCCUUCGUCGAGCUUCCACCUCAGUUUCCCAGCUAAGACUUCCAUUCUUGCAUCGCGAAGUAGAGAGAUGAUUAACGCUUUCAGCUUCAUAUUUAUGUACCGUGUUUUUUUGCUCAUAUUACAUGUUCUACUAUUAGGAUCGAGAUGCAGUGCAAAGAAAAAUCACUUCUGUGCCGCUUCAUCUUGUGGUGAGAUCCGCAACAUAAGUUAUCCUUUUCGAUUGAGAAGCGAUCCAAAACGCUGCGGCCUCUCUAGGUAUGAGCUAGCUUGUGAAAAUAAUCAUACUGUUCUAUAUUUACAUGCUGGUCGAUAUUAUGUGAAGUCGAUCCACUACCGUUACCAUGAUUACAAAAAUAACUUCAGAGGUGACAUAACGGUGGUUGACGAUGGUCUAGAGAAGAGUAAUUGCUCGUCCCUCCCUCGUUACUCUUUGGCGGACACCAACUUCAGUGGAAAUGAUGUCUACUCUCCUUAUUACCAAGACCUAGUGGUCUUCAUGAAGUGCUCACUGCCCAUUGCUUCUACUUCGUAUGUUGAUACCAAGCUGUGUAUCGAUGGUGCAUACUCUGCCGGCAGGCCUCCCAACUUUUCCCAAACGAAGUUGUACACAUACGCUUUUCAUGGUCAUGGAUCUGAUGCAUUAAGAGCACUGGACAUCCAGGAUACUUGCACUAUAACUAUGAUGGCAUUCGCAUCGGUCCGUAGCUUGGGCAGGGAAAUGGAUCGUGUGAGCUUAUCCUACGAGGAACUCCACGGCAUGAUGACCGAGGGAUUCAAUCUCGCCUAUAUAGAAUUCAAUUCGCCAGUUGGAACGCUUCGAUUUUGCUUCCUGGGUUUCACAUAUCGUCCGGGGAGGUGCAGUUACUAUAACUCCAAUAGUUCUAUGCAGGCGGCACUUGCGCUUUAUGCAGCUCCUUAUGUACCCUUUUUCUUAGUGCAAAUCAUCACAGCAAAAUUCAUACUCGGAGCUCCGUGUGUAUUGAUAUUUUUAAUCUAUAAGUGGAUGAGAAGGCACCGAGCAAUGGAUGGAAACAUUGAAGAAUUCCUUCAAGCUCAUAACAACUUUUUUCCCGUAAGAUACUCUUACUCAGAUAUCAAGAAAAUCACGAAAAAUUUCAAACACAAAAUAGGGGAAGGAGGAUAUGGCUCUGUGUACAAAGGUAUACUUAGAAGUGGUAAUGAAGUUGCGGUUAAGAUUUUGAAUAGACCAAAAUCUAAUGGCCAAGAUUUUAUAAGCGAAGUGGCUACUAUUGGAAGGAUCCACCAUGUAAAUGUGGUGGAACUUGUUGGUUUUUGCUUUAACAACUCUAAACAAGCUCUCGUGUACGAUUUCAUGUCAAAUGGAUCUUUGGAUAAGCACAUUUUCUCUAAAGAUGACGACGAUUCUCUUGAUUAUAAGAAAAUAUAUGAGAUCUCUCUUGGUGUGGCUAGGGGGAUAGAAUAUUUACAUCGGGGAUGCAAUAUGCAAAUUCUACACUUUGAUAUCAAGCCUCACAAUAUUCUUCUAGAUCAAAAUUUUACCCCGAAAGUUUCUGAUUUCGGGCUUGCAAGACUUUAUCCUGCGGACCACAGUAUUGUGCCGUUGACUACUGCAAGAGGAACAUUGGGAUAUAUGGCUCCUGAGCUAUUCUACAAGUACAUUGGUGGUGUCUCAUAUAAAGCUGAUGUUUAUAGUUUUGGGAUGUUGCUAAUGGAAAUGGCAAGUAGGAGGAAAAAUGCAAAGAAUGUUGAGCGUUCAAGUCAAACUUAUUUCCCUUUGUGGGUCUAUGAUCAACUCAGCAAAGAGAGCGAGAUUGAAAUGGAAGAAGUAGAAGGGGAAAGGGAGCUAAUUAGAAAGAUGGUAAUAGUUGCCCUUUGGUGUAUACAGUUAAUCCCCGACAAUCGGCCAUCAAUGAGUAAAGUCCUAAACAUGCUUGAAGGAGAUAUUGAUAAAUUGCAACUGCCUCCGAAACCUCUUCUAUAUCCAUCUGAGAAGCCAUUUGAUGAUGUCAACGAUGAAACAGAACUUGAAUCAUUCUCAACCACAUCAAGUGCUGCAAUAACUUCUGAAGGAUUCCAAUUUCAGGAUAGCAAUGAGAUAACAAUAGCGUGGAAUGUGUGAUUUUCUUUUCUUCCAUGUAAUUCGUGAAUCGUAUGUGAUUUGUUAGCGUUUGUCGCAUCCUGUGUUUUGCAGAAGAAUUGCCUCAUUGGCUAUCUGUUUACAUUUCCUGUUUCCUGAGUGCUCCUGAUAUGACAGACCAAGCUCGACUUGUAUUUAGCGAGGAGUCUCUCUCUCUCUCCUCUGCGGUUCUCCACCGUCCAAUAUCAAGCUCUCGCCCCUCGACCGCCGCCUGAUCACCCACCUUGAUGUCGGCCACCUCCCUGCGGAGCAAUACCUCACCUUCUCUCUCCUUCUCAAGUCCUGCAUUCGCUCCCGCGAGUUCCCGCUCGGGAGGCGCGUCCAUUGCGCGCUCGCUCGAUCCCAGCUUGAGCCCGACUCGGCGAUUUUCAAAUCGCUCAUCAGUCUCUAUUCAAAAUGCAAUGACUGGCCUGAGGCGGAGUGAACCUUAGGGAUUUGGUUUCUUGGAGUUCCGUUAUCUCUUGCUAUGCCGAUAACCACAUCCGUUCUAAGCAGUCGAUACUUCGGCCCAAAAAAAAAAAAAAAAAGGUGGAUACUUUCGUUCAUAUGCUUGAAGAUGGUCUUUUCCCUCGAGCUUGUUCGGUUCCGAUGAAUGCAUCAAUUGGUGAUAGGCAUCUUGAUUCUGAUGUGUGUGUUUGGCAGGCAUUAAUUGACAUGUUUGCAAAGUGUAGUGCUGAUUUGAUUUCAGCUCGUAAGUUGUUUGAGAAAAUGCCUGAGAGGAAUGUGGUCGCAUGGACUUUAAUGAUGACAAGAUGUACUCAGUUGGGUUGUCCAAAGAAUGCUGUUGAUUUGUUUUUGGAUAUGCUGGCAAGUGGGCUGUGCCGGAUAGACUUACACUUACAGCUGUUUCGUCGGCAUGUUCCAGGUUGGAGCUACUAUCCCUUGGGGUGCAAUUGCAUUCCUGGAUUAUGUGGUCUGGAUUGGCUUCAGAUGCCUGCAUUGGAUGCAACUUGGUGGACAUGUACGUGAAGUCUGUAGCAAGUGGAUCACUUCAUGAUUCGAGAAAGGUGUUUGACCGGAUGCAAGAUUAUAAAAUGAUGUCUUGGACAAGUGAUUUUACAUUUGCCAGCCUUUUAAGUGGAGUUGCCUGCAUCAGCACUAUUGGUAAGGGAGAGCAAAUCAAUGUGAGGGUGGUAAAAUCAGGGCUCGACUCAAGUCAGUGCAUUUUUAAUGGUUCAAUCUCUAUGUGGAAACAUAGAAGCUGCUUUUCGAGUUUUCCAUGAGAGGAGAGAAAAAUAUUAUAAAUUGGACUUCAAUGAUCAAUGGUUUUGCAAAACAUAAAUUUGCGACGAGAGCUCCAGUCACAUUCCAUAAACUGCUUGAGGCUGGUGUGAGGCCAAAUGAGAUCACCUAUGUUGCUGUUUUAUCCUCUUGUAGCCAUGUGGAUUUGGUAUCUGAUGGAUGGAAACACUUUAGAUCAAUGUAGACAGAUUAUGGAAUCGUGCCCAGAAUCGAGUACUGUGCAUGCAUGGUGGACUUAUUGGGAAGAUCGGGCUUCCUUGUCAAAGCCCUUAAGUUUAGAAAUGCUAUGCCUUUCAGGGCUGUUACAAUGGUCUGGCAUACAUUUCUUGGAGCUUGCCAAGUUCACAGCAACGUUGAACUUGCAAAACAAGAAGCUGCAAUGAUUUUUAAGCAGGAGCCAGAUGACCUUGUUGAUAAUGUUUUGCUAUCAAAUCUGUAUGCAUCAGCUGGUCUAUGGGAAGAUGCAGCGCCAAUCAGGAAGAGGAUAAAACUGAAAAAUCUUACAAAAGAAGCUGGUUGAAGCUGGAUUGAAGUGAAAAGUAUAGUUCACAAGUUUUAUACAUCACACCCGGAGGCUCAGGAGAUCUAUGACGAAGGGGACCAAUUGGCUAGUCGUAUAAAGAAACUUGGUUAUGUUCUCAAUAUUGAAUUUGUUCUUCAUGAUGUGGAAGGAGGGACAGAAGGAACAAUAUUUGUUCCAGCACAGUGAAAAAAUUGCCGUUGUUUUUGGCCUUUAAGCACCUCCAGUCUAAACCUGUCUGGGUGUUUAAGAAUCGUAGCAUUUGCGGAGAUUGUCAUUGUGCAAUCAAGUGUAUCUCCAUGGCAACCGGAAGUUCUAUAGUUGUAAGGGAUGCAAACCCGGUUCCACCCUUUUACGGACAGAACAUGCUCAUGCAAUGACUACUGGUGAGAUCCUUCUUAAUUUGUCCCAUUCAUUGUCUAUGCAUCGAAUCUCUGUUUUAGAAUUUUCUCCCUUGCACCCGUGUUACUUGAACUAGGAUCCAUUACGCUCUUUGUAAGCCCAAGAAUUGUAAAUGUCAUGUUCUGAAAUGUAUAUAGAUAUGGUCGUACUACUGUCAAAAUACCAAGCGGAAGGCCCCAAAUGGAUCUUGCCAACUUUCGGCAAUAUGAUUCGUGGAAUCUAAAACAGUCACGCUUUUUGCCUAA